CAAAUCAAUUUGAUAUGUGGAAGAUGCGUGAGUGACACUUCAAUUGGGGUCUCAGAAUCUUGACUCUUCACUUGUUGAGAUGGAGGAGAACAAAGGAAGCAUAGUGACAAGACUUCAAGCUGUGAAGCAAAAGUGUGGUAAGUCCUACAAUCAGUUAGCAGAGGAAACUGGACUCACCAACGUCUAUGUUGCCCAGCUCCUUAGGAGACAGGCACAGCUCAAACCUCACACUGCCCCUAUACUCCGGGCAGCCCUGCCCGACCUGCCCGAAGACCUUCUUCAUGAGAUGAUGAGACCCCCUCUCAGGUCUUAUGAUCCUAAUCUCAUCCAAGACCCCACUGUCUACAGGUUGAAUGAAGCUGUGAUGCAUUUUGGGGAGAGCAUCAAGGAUAUAAUCAAUGAGGAGUUUGGUGAUGGGAUCAUGUCAGCGAUAGAUUUCUACUGCUCCGUUGACAAAGUUAAAGGAGUAGAUGGGAAGAAUCGCGUGGUGGUGACUUUUGAUGGAAAAUAUUUGCCUCAUUCAGAACAGAAAUCUGAGGACAUGGUUUCAAGAGCAAGGCCACUGGGAAAGCAAUGAGUAUCUUAAUGCAAAAACCAACCUCAAAAUCUUUAAUGCUGGUCUACCUGCACAAGCUGUAUUUGAUCACUAUUAUGUUGUGUUGCCUAUAGAAGAGAGAAAAAUAAAGAUUCAAAAAUAAAAUGUUGCCAAACAUUGGUCCAUGGCCACUUAUGCAAUCAUUUGUGACUUUGGAGAUUUAAUUUGUGGCUCUUCUACUUUAGAUUUUAAUAUGAGAUGCUUAAAUAAGAUGGAGAAGCUUGUACUGUGCUUGGUUGAGUGAGUCAAACACAUUAUAAUGUUUAUUUUCUCCACUUUAUAAUGCCCC